AGUGCCUGGGAGAACAGGGGAGCCGACAAGCUGGACCCCAGGAUCAACGAGUGGCCGGCGCCCCGUGUGCCCGCGAUUCCAGCGGGAGCUGCGUUCUGAGAAGAGGUACCUGUGGCACGGCACGUCGGCGGCUGCCGCGGACCACAUCUGCAAAAACGAUUUCAAGCUCAGGCUGGCCGGCACCGCCACGGGCACGCUCUACGGGCCCGGGAGCUACUUCGCGGAGUCCAUCACUAAGGCCGACGAGUACUCGCGCGUCGAGGGGGGCACGAACACCGUGCUGUUGUGCAGGGUGCUAGGGGGCCGCGUGCGGUACUGCGACGAGAGGACGCCGGACUCGGACCAGCUGACCAGCGACUGCAUAGAGGGCCCGUACGACAGCAUCCUGGGGGACCGCAAGAAGACCUCCAACACCUACAGGGAGUUCAUCAUAUUCGACACCGAAGAUGUAUACCCUGAGU